AUGGAAGAGAUGGGGAAGACUGAUAUCCAGCUGCAGAGACCUAUAAAGACUGAGUGGAAUCCCCGGUGUGUCCUCUUCACCUAUUUCCAAGGGGACAUCGGCAGCGUAGUGGACGAACACUUCUCCAGAGCUCUGAGCAAUGUCAAGAGCCCCCAGGGAUUGAGCCCCUUGAGCCAGAGCACAGAUGUGAUCCUGAGGAAUGAUAGUGACAUGCCUCCAAAUCAGUGGCGUUUCUCUUCUCCGUGGACAAAGCCAGAGCCAGAAGCAUCUUUUGCAUAUGGUGCCCCCAACUGCAGUCUCAUGACUCCGGAUCAGUAUCCACUGUCCCUGGCGGGGAGCCCCUCCAUUCAGUCUGACGAGCUGUGGCAUUACCCCUCCCUAGGCAACCCCAGCUCCUCAGAGUCUGGCUACUCUCAGGCCUACUCCAGUGGGCACAUGGUUCCAGAGCCCCAGCCCGAGGGGAAAUAUGAGCCCUUCCUAAGUCUCCUCCAGCAAGACCGACACCUAGCCCAUCCUCAGGAAUCCACAGUGUGGGAGGAUUGCAGCUCUGCCCAGGUAGCCAGAAGUGUGGGAUUGCUCUGCGACUUGCCUCCCAGCUCAGCCCAUGAUAAGAAAAUAUAUUUCCCCCCAGAUGGUGGACCUGCCAGUGCCAACCUUGCAAGUGAAAGUCUUCAGGGAAUAGGGAUUGAACGAAUGCAUAAAUAUUCUCAUUCUGUACGUGAGGAGACGGAGUCUCGAACAGGUGACAAGACUUGCCUUAAGAUCACCCAGCAUCAGGUGGCAAGGGGUAUUCCUCUCUUUGCUCUCAGUCUUAAAGCCAUCCUCAGUCAUAAAUGA